AUGUCCACCCUAACGUCUAAUACUGCCCGCCGCUCCGCCUGCGACAGAUGUCGCGCCCACAAACUGCGCUGUAUCCGCGAGCCCCUCCCCAAAACCUCCACCACUGCCACUCUUCCUGCUGAUAACCUACUUGAUCCAUACUCGUCAUCGUCGUGUCGCCGAUGUCUGAAUAUCGAUACAAGUGUAAGCGCAGGGACAGGGAUAGGGACAGGCACGAGGAGUGAGAAUGGCUGGAAGGGGCCAUCGAGUGGAUAUAGAGCACCACCAGAUACUGCUCCAUCACCCGCCGACAUCACCACCCUCAGCCCAUUCAACAUCGCCGAGCCCUUCCUCUUCGAUGCUGGGCUAUUCAUGGACAACAGCGACAUCUUCGAGCCUCUAACAGUCCCCGGGUUCGACGGAACUGAGUCGUCCGUAGCACCAGUAUCAGUAUCAUCGCUGCAGGGAACAGCCUCCUCAUCGUCAGAUGCAUGUGCAUGCGAGUAUGGCGAUGCAGAGGGUCGAAUCGAGCACAUCUCACACACCUUAUCCACAUACCUUGCACAGCUCUCCCUCGGCCCACCGGCCAUCACCCUCACAACCAUCAUCUUCACUCACCCUACCCCUACAAAAGGGGAGUGUGAGAGGACGGAUACGGUUGAUAAUAUCCUAAAGUACACAACGCGGUACGUCGAGGCGAUCAAAGCGGUACACCAAUCGAUUACUUUCAGGAGUAAAAAUGGUGCGCAGAAGAUUGACUCCACAAUGGUCCUGCGCCUGCUUACCGGCUACGUGACGCUGAUCAAGCUGUAUCUGAUUCUGUUCGCGCACGUGCACGAGUUUCUGCAGGAUAUCAUCACGGACUGUGACGAGCAGGAGGAUGGAGUAGGGGGGAGGAAGUUGGAGGGUAUUCCGGGGAUACAGAUCCUCGGGUCUGAUAUUCGUACGUCUCCCUCUACAUCUACGUGUAUAAAUAAUGUGUGGGCUGACGCACUGAUCAUCACGCAUCUGAUUGCGUCUAUCGAGCAGAUGCUCGGUCUGCGCGUGGAGUACAGACUCGAUAACAGGCAGCGGAAAACUGGGGAAAUGAAGAACGGUGAGGAAAGGUUGUUUUCGGAUGAUGAUGAGGAGAUUGUUACUGCCGUUAUGCGGAAAGAGGCUGCUAGCGUUGAUCCGAUGAGAGGGUGUGGAGGGGUGGAGGUGCUGAGGGCGACGAUUGAGCGGGUUAAGAGGCUUGUGGAGAGGCUUCCGCUGUAA